GUGUGAAAACUGAACAUCGCAACAGUGGCGAAAUUUUUCGAGAAGGAUGAAGUUAUGUCCCAUAAUUUUCAGUAUCAUCGUCAUCAACUGGGAAUUGAUCAAUGCGGCUCACACGACCGAUUUCGCCCUAAGCGAACCUGAACUUGAUACCAAAAACGAAGCGACGCAAAUCCAAAACGGAACCGAGAACGAAAUCAAACUAUUGGGCGACAAUUUCGCAUUCUCUCUAAACCUGCAAGUGAUUGAAAAUAUCGUAAAGAAGAUAGAAAACGAAAAAUGCGUGCGCGACAUAAGGAUAUCUCUAAACUCGCUAGUGGAGGGCGAAGUGUGGGCUUUAAAAAUGUUCGACUCGCUUCCAAAAUUUCCAUCGGGUUUGUUAGACGGCAACCUUUUUGUAAUGGGGAAUUUCCACGAAUGUGUGGAAACCGAAUGGCGCCAAUCUAACUCAACUUUUUCGGGCCAGUAUUGUUUAGCUGAGGUUUAUUUCAAAUUGUAUAAGGAUAAUGGUGGAUUAUUUCGCAUGGAUCCGAAUCUUUCUCAGCACGUCCGGAUGAGAUUCAACUCCAGCGUCGUCCACUGGGGUAUGUGCGCGCCGUCCUCCUGUACACCGACCGACGUCAAGGUGUUCGUUGAGGAAACUUUUUCUAUUGUUGACAGUUUUGAAUCUCUACGUGCGAACGUUAAUGAUAAAAAUUGCUACGCUCGAAGGGAGACGCGCAUAACAAACGGCGAAAUCAUUUACGCGUCUCUUAUAGGUCUAGUUUUUCUAUUUGCGAUAAUGUCGACUACAGUACAUUACUGGCAAAUACAUCGACGAAAAAGAAGCGCAGUUUACAACAUAGACGGGUUACGAAGAGAAAUCUCCACUGCCAACGAGAUCAUCUUAUGUUUCUCCAUAAUAAGGGUGGUUAGGAGUCUGCUUCGUACGAAACCCAAUGAGUUUAACCUCGAGUGCAUAUGCGGCAUUAAGUUCUUGUCGAUGAUGCUGAUCAUCGCAGGUCAUUCCUUGAUUUUUAUAUUAGGCGGCCCGAUUUCGAACAUCAAAUUCAUCUCGAAAGAGUAUACCGACCCUUUAAAUGGAGUACUGGUUAAUCCUUUACUAGUCGAUACCUUUCUGCUGGUCAGCGGCUUUUUAAUGUGCCGACUUUUAUUGGCGGAACUCGAUAAAAGAAAUGGUAAAAUAAACAUAUUUGUCUUAUACAUUACUCGAUACGUGAGGUUAACUCCAGCUUAUUUGGUGAUUCUAGGCUUUUAUUUAACUUGGAUGUCUAGAUUAGCGGAAGGCCCUCUAUGGAACAAAACCAUUGUCACCGAAAAAGAAAAAUGUCAGCAAUCAUGGUGGACCAACCUGUUAUAUGUUAACAAUUAUAUUAAAACCGACUCAUUGUGCAUGUUCCAAUCAUGGUAUUUGGCAGCAGACUACCAUUUAUUUGUUCUAUCCCCAUGCAUUAUUUUUCCCCUGUGGAGGUGGAGAAAAGUUGGGAAACUACUACUAGCAAUAAUCAUGCUUGCUUCUAUAUCGUUGCCGUUCUAUAUAACUUAUAUUGGAAACUUGGACCCUACUUUGUUAGCAUUUCCCCCAGAAAUCCAAGACAUAUCGUCAAAUAAGUAUUUCUUAACCGCUUACGUCAAAACGCAUAUGCGAGCCAGUUCUUACUGUUUCGGACUACUUCUUGGUUACAUAGUGUAUAGAAUCCAAUCGGCAGAGACCAAAAUUUCCAAUAUUAUAAUGUGGAGUGUUUCAAUAUUGGUAGGAGCAAUAUGUUUAGCCAGUAUGCUCUCCAUAGUCAUAUUUUUCAGUCCCACCCACACAGAUAGCAAUAUGGAAAACGCAAUAUAUGCGGCGCUUCAUAGAGUGGGGUGGUGCUUGGGAAUUGGUUGGAUCAUACUUCUUUGUGUGACCGAACAUGCAGAACCCAUAGCUAAAUUCUUAUCGUGGAAGCCAUUUGUAACACUCAGUAGACUGACAUACUGCGCGUAUCUAAUAAAUGGCUUUAUUGUGAUUUAUGAUAAGGGUGUAAUUAGGGACACCAUCUAUUUGGAUAAAUAUCAACUGAGUUGCAAAAUUUUGGGACAUCUUGUCAUUACAUUUUCAGCAGCUUUCUUAUUGUGCAUAUUUUUCGAAUCUCCGAUCCAUGGACUGGAAAAACUCAUGCUGAAAAAGUUUUCCAACUCCGCAGUUACUAAAUAAAUAUGAAGAAACCUAAACAGCCGCUAAUAUCAAUACCACCUGAUAGUAUUUGGUUUUAAUAUUUAAGAAAGAAAUAAAAAUUGGCAUAUUUUUAUUAACAAU